UUCUUAUUCUCUUUCUCUUUCCUUAUUUCCGUUUCGUGGUCAAGAUAGGGUUGCCCGUGCAUCUUUCCACAUAGUAAUUUUUUAAAAUGGGUUUUGUUAAAGUUGUCAAAAACAAGCAGUACUUCAAGAGGUAUCAAGUUAAAUUCAAGAGGCGUCGUGAGGGAAAAACCGACUACUAUGCCCGUAAACGGCUCAUUGUCCAAGACAAGAACAAAUACAACACCCCCAAGUACCGUCUAAUCGUCCGUCUCUCCAACCGUGACAUCACUUGUCAGGUGGCCUACUCUCGUAUCGAAGGAGACAAGAUCGUCUGUGCUGCAUACAGUCAUGAGCUCCCUAAGUACGGAAUCAAGGUCGGCCUCACCAACUACGCUGCGGCUUACUGCACAGGACUGCUUUUGGCCAGGAGAUUACUGAAGAAACUUGGUUUGGACAAUCUGUACACUGGUACGACCGACGUGACGGGUGAAGAGUAUAACGUAGAGGCCCUGGAUGACGGUCCUGGAGCAUUCAGGUGUUACUUGGACGUUGGUCUUAUGAAGACCAGCACAGGGGCUCGUGUCUUUGGUGCGAUGAAGGGCGCUGUGGAUGGUGGCCUCAAUAUACCUCAUAGUACCAAGAGAUUCCCUGGAUACGAUGCUGAAAGUAAAAACUUUAAUGCCGAGGUCCACCGUAAACACAUUUUUGGACUACACGUUGGAGAAUAUAUGAGGCAAUUAGCAGAGGAAGACGACGAUGCCUACAAAAAACAAUUUUCAAGAUAUAUAAAAUUAGGCGUUAACGCUGAUAAUAUCGAGUCUGUAUACAAGAACGCCCAUGCUGCCAUCAGAGCCGACCCGAUACUGAAGGGACCAGCCAAGGCGAAGCAGCCCGUCAAGAAGAGGUGGACGAGAGCCAAGCUGACGCUGGCUGAGCGCAAGAACCGCAUCGCUCAGAAGAAGGCCACCUACCUCAAGAAGAUGGGAGAGGAAGCCGAAGCUUAGUUCCACUUGUUUUAAUAUUUGAAUAAAAAACUAAAAAAUA